UGUAUAGCUGACAGUCAAAAACAUAUUUCAUCAACUAAUAAAAUAUAUACAAAGGCUUUAGUAACCAACAUACACUAUAUUGCCAAAAGUAUUGGGACACCCCUCCAAAUCAUUGGAUUCAGGUGUUCCAAUCACCUCCAUGGCCACAGGCAUGCAGACUGCUUCUACAAACAUUUGUGAAAGAAUGUGUCACUUUUAGGAGCUCCGUGAAUUAGAGCGUGGUACCGUGAUAGGUUGCCACCUGUGCAACAAGUCCAUUCGUGAAAUUUCCUUGCUACCAAAUAUUCCAUGGUCAACUGUUAGUGGUAUUAUAACAAAGUGGAAGCAACUGGGAAAUACAGCAACUCAGCCAUGAAGUGGUAGGCCACAUAAAAUGACAGUGUGUGCUGAAAUGCACAGUGCGCAGAAGUUGCCAACUGUCUGCAGAGUCAAUAG